GCAGGCGACCCGGGCUGGGCUCACUCUGAGCUGUUGUGUCUCUCAGCCUCUGUCUGUCAGCAGGCUGUUUCUGCUCCAUCCGACUCCCCGAACAGUGCAGGGCACAUCGCAGCCAAAAUGAACCUUUUCUGCUUUUCACUGGAGGGCUCUAUGGACAGCCUGUAUGAGGCGGUGCAGAGCUCUGCCGAUGGCCCGCCCGCGCCCAUCCCCAGUCGCUCGUCCAGCCGCUCCUGCAGCCGCUCUGGCAGUCCAGCCGUCCUGCUGGAUGACAACGCCAGGUGGAGAGGCUCUGGAAGGUCUAUAUCCAUGGAUAUGCCACAGAGACAUGAGGCGAACUCCAAUAAAAAGAAAAAAAGUUCAAAUAUAUCAAAGUCUCUGUCAGACAACGAAACACUGGAUAACCCCGCCUGUAAUACUGUGACGUGGCAGCAUGCCAGGAGCAAAGAAGAUUUAAUCCACAUCACCAACAAUCACAAUGAAGAAAUGCGAAAGCCUAAACACCAGACAGAUAAAAAAGGAGGUAAAGGAGGACAUCAUACUGGCACAAAGAAAAGAGAGAAACAACAAGCCAAUCAGGGUGUCCAUAACAACGGGUUGAUUGAGUCCAAACCUGCUGUCAGAAAGAACCAACGGAAUGGAAAAAAGCCAGGUGGAAGAAUUGUGAAAGAUGGGUCUAAAAAAACUCACAACAACAGAGUGUGUUCACCACCACGAACAAUGAGUCCACCUUUAGGACUGCACUAUUUGGACUUGCCUUACACAUCCAGGUCAGACAGAAGGCUGUACAUUGGCAAAUCCUCCACCCUCCCCACUCAGGAACACACAACUUCAAGCCGCUGUGCUGACAUGGUUAGUCUACCUGGAGGAGCAACACCUACCCACCAUCAGCAGUGGAGUAACUCAGCGGACAGUAGCCAUGCCUGGGGGACCGUAGAGCACACCUGCCGCCGGCCCCUCACAGAGUACUGCUUGCUUUCCCAUGAGUCUGCACUGUUACAUGAAAAGGAAUGGUGUGGGAGACACCAGUUGGAGAUAGACCAGAAUGGAAGCCUAAAUCGGAACUGCCACCUUCUCCCUAAGGUGCCACGAUCUAUCACUGAGGUGGAUCUGUCAGAGUCCAAUCGUUCUACGAGCUUUGGCAGAUUCGAGGGCCUCAGACACCACUCUUCACAUGCCAAAACAGAGGAAAAUGGGACAAACACGGUCAGAGAAGAGUCUGAUGGUCCAGACCCUGCAAGAUCAGCAGGGCUCGGCAAAAAGAUGAAAGAGAUCUCACUAACCAUGAGGAGAAAAAUGGGCAGAAAGCACAUCAAGUCUCUUUCAGAGGAGACAGGGGAUGACACAGACAAAGACCCAGAGGCAGAAACAGACAGUAGUCCACAGGUGGAAAAAAGCUCUGCAAACACAAGCAACUCAUUGGAGAGUCUUUGCAGCGGCCAGAGCUCCUCCAGUGGCAUCACCAGCGAGUCCAACGGCUCCGGUCAGAGAGACAGUCUGAAGCUGGAGGAGGACGGCUCUUAUCAGGGCCAGUUCUGUGGUCGGGCUCGGGUCCACACCGAUUUCGUUCCCAGUCCGUAUGAUACAGACUCGCUGAAGCUGAAGGCUGGUGACAUCAUCCACAUUAUCAGCAAGCCUCCGAUGGGCAUCUGGACUGGCAUGCUCAACAACAAAGUGGGGAACUUUAAGUUUAUCUACGUGGAUGUUUUGGAGGAGGAGAAGGAAAAGGAGGCUGAGGAAGAAACUCCAAAGAUCAGACAGCAGAAGCUGUGCAGGAGGCCACGACCCAAAACACUGCUGGAGUUACUGGAGCGGCUGAACCUAGAGGAGUACGCCUCUGCCCUGCUGCUGAAUGGCUACCAGACAGUGGAGGACCUGCUGCACCUGCAGGAGAAGCACCUGAUAGAGCUGAAUGUCAAGGACCCCGAACACAGGCGAAAGCUUCUGGCCGCAGCCGAGUGCCGCUAUGUAGAAGGUGAUGAUACGAGCAAUGCAGAGGAGCACAAAUCCUCCCACGGCCAGCAAGAAGAAGACAGCGACUGUCCCAGAGACUCGGGCUGCUUCAUCCCGUCAGAGUGUUCGGACACUAAGGAGGACGUAGAGCAGCCUGUAGACACAGCGGAUGCAUGAGGCGCUCAUCUUAUCGCACAGUUUCACAAUGAUUCUGAUGAUGAAUUAUAAGAAUCCUCUCAACAUGUAAUGUUUACACCCCCUACUCUGACUCGAAGUUUGUAUAACGUGAGAACUCCUUCAAAGAUCCCUUAAGGAGGAUAACGUCACCAAAAUGCUAAAUAUUAUCUCAUCCUUUUGUUGCUUUAUAAAAGUAAAUGUUCCAAAGUUUGUUGAUUUAGAUUUUAAACAAAUUACAGUAUUAAUUUGAGUCAGUUAUAUUUAUUACAUUCCAAAUGAUCCAAUAUUUUCUUUGCAAUUCUUAAAGCCUUUAUUUAUCACAGAUGCAUCACUUUUAUAUUUCCCCUCUCAGUUUUUCUUUCCUCUGUAUGUAGUGGUUCGAGUGAAGAUGUUUGGAUGACGGC